UUGCAGGUGUUCCUGUUCUGCAGAGCAGAUCUCCACAGCCAUUAUAAGAAUGUCAGAGUUGGAAUUAUACUUGGAUCUUCUGUCCCAGCCAUGCCGUUCUGUGUAUCUGUUUGCUAAGGUCAACAACAUUCCAUUCAAGCACCAUGAGGUGAAACUUUUUAAAGGGGAUCAUCUCACUGACGAGUUUAAGAAGGUGAAUCCAAUGCACAAAGUGCCUGUUCUAACAGAUGGAGAAUUCACACUUGUUGAGAGUACUGCAAUGUUGCGCUACCUAGUACAGAAAUAUGACACUCCGGAUCACUGGUACCCAUCUGAUCUACAGAAGCGUGCCCGUGUAGAUGAAUACCUAGCUUGGCAACACACUAAUACACGUCCCAAUGGUUGCAGAGUCUUCUGGGUAAAGUGUAUGACUCCAGCAAUACUGGGCCAAAAUGCUGAAUCAGAAAAACUGAACCAGGUCCUUGCUGAGUUCAUUGCUGUCAUGAAACAUCUAGAGGAAUCAUUUUUGAAAGACAGACCUUUUCUUGCUGGUGAUGAAAUCUCACUGGCAGAUCUUGUGGCUAUUGUGGAGAUUAUGCAGGUAGUUGCAAGUGGGGUUUCAGUGUUUGAACAAAGGCCAAAGCUCGAAGCCUGGAAACAAAGAAUAGAGGAAGCAUUGGGUCCAGAAGUCUUCAAAGAGGCACAUGAGGACAUUCUCAAUGUCAAGGAGCAACAACUUAAUUCUUUGUCUCCUGAAGUUAAAGAGCAGCUUAAAGCAAGACUUCUUCUUUUUACAAAUUGUGGAAUGUGGCUCUGCUAAGCAAAGUAAGAUCCAUAGAUUAAACCAAGGAUGACAUGAAAUUAAAUACUACAAAGCCGUUGUACCUUCAGAUAAUGUGAUCAUUUAUAAUGAAUACUGGCAAAAUGUAAUGGAAUUUUCAGCAGAAUUUGAAAAUAAUUUUGUUAACAUUAUAAUCAAAUCAUCUAUGAUUACAUGCAUAGCAAUAAAAUAUAUUAUUUCUUAUUUAAUACAGAUGUUUCCAAUCUACAAGAAGUAAAUCACUGUAUACAUGUAAUAUAAUAAAAUCCUGUUUUGGGUCAUCAAAUUA